UUAGUACUGGAAGUUUUGAUUUAAAUGCUUUAACAUAUGAGAUUUAUAAUGUGACUAAUAAAGCAAUAAUGAUUACGCAAAAUAUUGGGGAAAAGUCAAAUAUUGAGCCAAAGAUUUCGGAUUUAGGACUUUCUAAUGCUUUUUUAAAAGCAGAUGAAAUUAUUUUUUCACAGUUAGAAAUUUCGCAACGGAAUCCAGAUGCAAAUUAUAAAAUUCAACUUGAAGAAGAUAAAACUCCGCAACGAGAUCCGGAUGCUGUUUACACAUCUCAACCCAUUUUAUUAGAUUUAUUAG